GCCCGCAUCGCCACCACCACGCGCACGCGCACGCGCACACGCACACGGCCACCAUUAAUCUUCCAGCCAGCAUCCUCCGAGCUAGACGGGAUCGUCAUGGCCGCGGCGGGCAAGGCCAAGGAGGCGGACGCGGCGCGGUGCAGGAGGCACCCGAGCCACCGGCACGCGGCGGGCGUGUGCCCCUUCUGCCUCAGCGACCGCCUCUCGCGCCUCUCCGCCGCCGCAGGAGCCGCCGACGCCGCCUCCGAACCGUCGUCGGCGUCCUCGUCCGGGGCGGCGAGCGUCGCGUCGGCCCAGACGGCGCCGCCCUGCCGCGAGGCGCGCCGGGCGAGGCUGGGCAUGCUGAUGCGGCAGGAGGACCCGGAGGCGGCCGCGGGCACUCGUCACGGCAAGCAGGAUGCGGCGGGGGCAGACUACGGGGAGAAGAAGAAGCCGGCGAAGAGGGGCAACUUCUGGACUCGGCUGCAGCAGGCGAGCUGGUACAGGAGGGACGGCUGCUCGAUGGCGUCCGUGAAGAAGAGCGCCGCCGCGCCGCCGCACAAGCGGGCGGCGUCGCUGUUCUGAAGCGCCGGCGAGCAGGAGGCCGCGCGGUCAAUUCGGUUGGUUGGUUGGUUGGUUUCUGGGUCGUGCCUGCGCUGAUCCAAAGCGGAGCCUACGUGGAUGGAUGGAUCACCUGCUCGUCUAAUCCGGCGUCUUUCUCGCUGUUUCUUUCGGGUUUGUGCCCUGUUGGGUUUGGUGCGCGGUUGUUGGAAGAGCCUAAUGGCUUGUCCAUUUUUGUACAGUACAGAUCAUCGAUCUCCAAUGAAAGAGCUUGCGUUCGACUC